CAUCAUCAGCUUUCAUUCAUACAGUAUUACCAUCAAUGGUUGUGCUCCUUUACGAGUGCAUUUACUGAUAUUCUCGCCACUCAUGAAUAUUUCUGAGAGUAGUGCGGAUCUCGGCACAGUGCUGCCUCUUACUAGUUUCGAGAACGUGCUUUUGUUUCUCUUUAAUAUUAUUCUCGCCACCACCAUCAUUUUUAUUAACGUGUCCGUGUUUGUCUCCAUCGUGACGAACAGAUCCCUGCGCAACGAGAAUCGCUUCAUGUACAUGCUCAGCACGUGUCUCAGUGACAUCUGCACGGGUGUCUCGUAUUAUUAUGUUGGAGUUAUGGAUGUACGAGAUUAUUAUGAUUCCCCGACUCGCACUUACUACAUUGCUCUUACUUUUCUGGGUCUGUCCUAUAUGGCGAUUCUGGCCGCGCAGUCGGACCGCUACCACGCGGUCUCAGCGCCUUUGAAAUACUCGCAGCGCAUGACGCGAAACAGAACCCUGCUGGUGAUUCUGAUCUACUGGGCUCAUGGUUUUCUAAUAGUGGCUGUUAACAAUUUGGUGCCUAUGGGGGUUGCUAAAAGAGUGACGUUCUUUGCAGCUUUUGUGGGGAACAUUUUCACUGUUGGUAUUAUGAUUGGCUUGAACGUCAGGCUGUUCUGCAUCGCCAAAUUUCAGCUAGAACGCGAACCCCCGAGUGAAGAACGCGACAAUAAACGCGCAUCUAUUUAUCUCAUCGUAAUAGUGGCCGUGUGUUUUCUAAUCGCGUGGUUGCCCCUUUUUCUUCAUGUUAUUGUGUGUAACUUCACGGGUUCUUCAUGCUAUACGUUCAAAAAUGAGGGCACAGACCCUCUGCGCAUUUUGGCGCGUCUCAAUGGAGUCAUCACACCAUUGCUGUACAUCAGAGGCUGUACUCCACUCAGGAGCACCUUAAUGAUGAAAGUCUGGAGAAUACCAUGCUACAAGAGUAAAGGAGUGAAGCCACAGAAUAUGGAGAAGACUAUUUAAAGGAUGUAGCAGGGAUCUUCAGGAUGUGACAAACUUCAUGUGACAGGACUUUAAAAAUACACUGUCUGGG